CGAACUCCAAGUCGCUGAACCAGGAGGCGGCACUGAGUUCCAACACUCAACGGCAGCAAAUGGCGGUCAACGCACCUGUACUAGUCCUGCCCAAGUUUACCCUAACUGGCGGUCGUUUUGUUACCGAUCUUGGCACGACGUGUUACAAGAAACGGAGUCCGAAGUGGAGCGAAAUGUCAUCGUGGAUAACUUUUACGCGCGUUUGGUCAAUCAAGUCGUUCCCGUAGAUCAGACUGCCGCGGGAGUGGAGGAGGGAGCCGAAGGGGUGAUGAAACGACACCAAGACCACUCUAGUACUCUUCAGGAACGACAAGACCGACCUCUGCCCGCCUCAUUGAGUGUGGCGUCUGUAAAGGAUGUUUAUCUGUCG